UUUGAAUUAUUUGGAAAGAGUGUGAAUCAUUUUAAAAUUUUUGUGUCAUUGUGAACACAUUUUUCAAAACAUUCAGAAAAUUCUCAGGUUGAACUGCAGGCAGUGUUUCCUCAGAGAGACUGAGAUGAAAAUAAAUGCAGCAGAAACAUGCUGGAGAUCCAUCCAGAAUGGUGGAACAUCUCUCCACAGAUGAUGAGCAGAGUAGACAGGAAAAGUCUGGAAACAUGGAGGUAUUCAUCAUCAUUUUUUGACAAAUCUGGUCAUUCAGGACAAACUUUGAGUUCUUGGUCACAUUUUGAGUCGUUUUUGAGACGUGUUUGUCAGAUUAGACACAUCUGAAGUCACUGAUGCUGAGUCUUGAGUCAUUUCUGACUAUUUUUUCUUCAUUUUGGACGUUUGAUUCUCUGUGAGCAUGUGUGGUUGACUUUGUCUUUGAGCUGUUAGUGUUUGUGUUGGACCAGAAUCACUCAGAAAUUGUCCAGAAACUCCCCAUAAAGAUUACAUUUGUUGAUAAAGUUUUAGAAAAAGACUUGGACAUGCUUCAGAAUGACUCAGAGUUUGUCUUGAUAAACUCUUCCACUAACGGCCUACAGCUAAAAACACACCAGUUCAAAGUGGAAGCUGAUUUAUUUGUUAGGAUGAAACAAAGCCAUGUUUGUGACUGAUCUGUUUGCUCACUUUUAGAGCCGACAUGCUUCAGUUUGGAUCUGAGUCUGAAGUUAAAGCGACCGAUGAACUGGUUUCUGUUGAUCUGAUUCCAUCUGCAGCCGAGGGACUCUCAGAAUCAGAUUUAUUCUGUUUGUCAGGAGGCUGGAAAGCACAGCAGGCUCCUGUUUGGAGAGUAAAGUAUGUGACUGAUCCUAAAGAGAUGUUUCCUCCUCCUUCUGCAGACAUUUAAUGAGAGCAGUGAGGAAAACGGAUUUCACUGAGAGUCACGUUUUUAUUCACUGAGGUUAAAGUCCUGCAGAGGAACCAGAGCACCAGGACCAACGUGUUGGCCCAGUACGGCCCAGUACGGCCCAGUUUGGCUCAGCAUGAGUCCAGGAUAACCCAGUAGAUGUUUAUCUCCUGAUCGGGCUGAACCAACACGGUGCAGCAUGUCUUAAUGUGUUGUUGAAUUUCUCUUUGGGUGUUAAUAAAGUUGUUUCUUGUGUUGUAUUAAUAAAGUUGUUGUUUUGUUUUGUGCUGUUGUGUUCUCCUUUAGCUGUUAAAGUUGUAUUGUGUUGUUUUGUUGAAUUCUUUGGGUGAUGAUAAAGUUGUUUGUUGUGUUGUAUUAAUAAAGUGUUUGUGUUGUAAUUCUGAGGUGGGAUUGUGAAACUAGCUCAGCUCAGCCCCACUCGGUGUGCGGGUUCGUGCGUGUGAACCAGAGUUGUGUAAUGUGUCCAUUUUGUGUCUCCUGUCUCCCCCUUUCCUCCCGUUCCUCCCCCAGCGGCCCCCCGGCUGCCAGGCGUCAAUAAGGAGGAGAAAAAACACGGACCUCCCCGCCGUGGACAGAGUCACGGAGAGUGACAGGAGGAAGGGGACCGGACCGGACCGUGUGAGAGGAAAACACCCGGACCGGGGAUCAGGAGCAUGCGGCUCAGUUUGCUGUGCAGGAUCUUGGUGCUGUGGAGCUUCGUGGAGGCGACCACCUCCGUGACGAAGACCAAGAGGAAGGUGUCGGCUCGGAGGUCCCGCCAGGCGUUGGAGGCGGAGCCAGCAGAGGGGGUGUGGUCAAUCUGGGGGGAGUGGUCAGAAUGCUCUCAGACCUGCGGUGUGGGCGUGUCUCAGAGGAGCCGCAGGUGUUUACCUCCCCCCCAGACUCUGCCCCUCUCCCCUCACACCUGGACGGGCUACCUGCCAGGGAGCGUCAGACCUGCCGUUGUCAACCCCUACCACCCCCACCGUUACCCGGGGCAACACCGGCCCUACGCCCCGCCCCUCCCCUCCAACCGGAGCCCGGGACUGCCUCUGUACCGGAACACACCUGCCUCAGAGGCGGGGCUUCCCAUUUCAGGGCAGACCAAUCGGUCGCCUCCUUUUUACCAGCCGGAGUUCUCUCCAGCCAAUCAGGAUGCAGUUCCUGUUUACCAGCCGCCCUAUCGCAUGCCUUCGCUGGGCUACAACCAACCGGGUCGCAUCAUCAGGAGGCCGACCAACCCGGGAGCAGCUAGAGCUGGAGGGGGCGGUGCCAGACGCUCAGUCUCAGCCAAUCGGGAGGCUUUGACUUCCAGGAGGUCCUCCUCCAUUCGUCCGGGUCAGUUCGGUUACGGCAGAGUUCCCUUCUCGCUGCCGCUGCACCGACCCAACCGCCAGGCCCGGCACACCGCCAACGGAACCGCCAGCGGAACCGGACUGGAGGAGGAGGAGGAGGAGGGGAGGGGAGCUGAUGAAGAGGAGGACCAGGAGGAGGUGGAGGCUGCUACUAACCCCCAUCCUCCAACACCGACAUCCAGCCCUGGUGGUCCUGGUGGUCCUGGUGGUCCUGGUGGUUCUGGUGGUCCCUCCAGUGGUGGUCCUGGUGGUUCUGGUGGUUCUGGUGGUCCUGGCAGUUCUGGUGGUCCGUCCAGUGGUGGUCCUGGUGGUUCUGGUGGUCCUGGUGGUUCCUCUGGCCCCCAGCGGCCCCUCCUGCCGGCUCCUCCCCCGUUCUCCCGCUCCUCCUCCCCGCUGGUCUCCGGCCGUCACCGGUUGGUGUGGAGCUCUGUCACGGCUCCUCCUCCCCCUCCCCUGCCCCGUCCAGCCUCACCCUUCUCCUCCCCCCUCCACCGACCCGGACCGGCCGGCGGCGUGUUCCCUCUGCAGCGUCCUCACCUGGGGGCGGAGCCUGGGAGGGAGGGGGGCGGAGCCUCACAGGCGUUCAGGUGUUCAGGACCAGAGAAGGAGCAUCGCAGGUGUUUCUCUCAGGUGUGUUCAGGAUCCCCUCUGGACUCCAGAGCUGAGCAGUGUGCAGCUUUCAACACCCAGGAGUUCAUGGGUCGCCUCUACAACUGGGAGCCUUUCACUGAGGUUGGUUUGGAGAAACAGUGUGAGUUGACCUGCAGACCAGCCGGCUACCGGUUCUACGUCCGCCAGGCGGAACGAGUCCAAGACGGAACGACUUGCUUCAACGUCAGCACCAACGAUGUCUGCGUGGGCGGAAGAUGUUUGACCGAAGGCUGUGACGGCGUCUUGGGAUCCGGCUCGGUGGUCGAUCGGUGUGGAGUUUGUGGAGGACGUGAGACAUCCUGCCGAAAGGUGACGGGAAGCUUUCAGAACGCGACGGUUCCUUUGGGCUACCACAAGAUCCUGGACAUCCCACCAGGGGCCACCUUCAUCAACAUUGUGGAGAGGAGAGCAAGCCCCAACUACCUUGCCAUGCGGAGCGGCACCGGGGCCUCGGUGGUGAACGGACGCUGGGCCGUGGACCCUCCAGGAGACUACCAGGCAGGGGGGACCACCUUCACCUACAGCCGACCCAGAGCUCAGGCGGAAGGGGAAGAGGAGAAGGGCGAGUCCCUGAAGGCACCGGGACCCACCACGGCUCUGCUGCAGCUUUAUAUCAUCUUCCACAAGGAGAACCCCGGCAUCGACUACGAGUUCUAUGUCCCGCUGGAGAAGAAGGAGGAGAGACUGACGGAGAGGGAGAUGCCCAGAGAGCCAAUGAGGGACCAGCUGAGGGACCGAGAGCCAAUGAGGGACCAGCUGAGGGACCGAGAGCCAAUGAGGGACCAGCUGAGGGACCAAGAGCCGGCGAGGGCGUCGCUUCGCAGUCCUCUAACGGUGUCCAUGGAGGAGCCUCGACCUGUUCCUCCUCCUGUCCUAGCUCCUUCUUCCUCCUCCACCUCAUUGGAUCGUUGGACACCAGACAGGCCACGCCCUCGGGGAUCGGCGCCCAAUAGGAACGCUCGGAUUCCUCCUCGAACCGACGUCCCGCUGGACACCCAGCCACCGUUUGUGUGGAGGAGAGGAGGACUCAGCGAGUGUUCAGCCUCCUGUGGACGAGGUUCUCAGUUCAGAGUCAUUGUGUGUUUAAACCGACACACCGAUGAGGAAGUUCCAGAGAGGAAAUGUGAUUCUGCAGCUAAACCGCUUCCAGAGGAGGAGUCCUGCAACACGCAGCCCUGCCCACCGUUCUGGGAGGUCAGCUCCUGGUCUGAAUGCAGCGUUUCCUGCGGCGUCGGCAUGCAGCAGCGGCAGCUCCAGUGCAGGCAGAGCUUUGGGAACAGAUCCACCAUGGUCCAUCCUCAGCGCUGCUCCGCCCUCCAAGCCCCCGAAUCCACCCAGACCUGCCAGCUGCAGCUCUGCUCGCACUGGGAGGUCGGAUCCGACUGGAGCUCGUGUUCGGUGGACUGUGGCGUCGGCAGGAGGACGAGGAGCGUUCGCUGCGUCAGCGAUCAGGGCAGCGUGGUCAACGAUAAGGAGUGUAAUUCCAGGCUCCGCCCACAGGGGGACGAGGAGUGCAACAUGGGACCAUGUGUGACCAACUGGUACUUCAGCACCUGGUCCAACACGUGCUUGGCUCCGUGUGGUCCCGGGGUCCAGAGGAGGGAGGUGGUCUGUCUGACCAGAGGAGGCGCCAGAGAGGGAGGAGGAGGAGGAGACUGUGUUGGGGAGAAGCCGGCUGAGAUGAAGGCCUGCAAUGGAGGUCCAUGUGAGCCCACGGCCACCUGGUACAGCAGCCCCUGGACUCAGUGUAACGUCCUGUGUGGGGAGGGAACGCAGCGUCGAGACAUCAUUUGUGUCCAGAAGAUGGGGAACGUUUUCACCGUCGCACCGGUCGCCGAAUGCGCUCACCUGGACAAACCUGCGGCGGUGCAGGAGUGUGAGAUGGGAGAGUGUCGUCCCCAGUGGUUCACCACCGAGUGGAGCGCCUGCUCGCGGUCCUGUGGUAACGGGCUGCAGAUGAGGGAGGUUCGAUGUCUGACUGCAGAGAAGAAGCACAGCCCUGAAUGUGACCCCCAAACCAAACCUGAGCAGGAACAGACCUGCAGCUCCAUCCCCUGCAGCCCCCAGGUGGCAGAUGAGAACUGUCGGGACCGCAGCCAUAACUGUGUGAUGGUGGUCCAGGCCCGGCUCUGCGUUUACUCCUACUACCAGACCGCCUGCUGUGCUUCCUGCACGCACAGCGCCCAGCGGGCCAAGAGGCACUGACCGGCCAAUCACAGCCGCCCUGGAGCGCCAGGAGGCCAGGGAUUGGUCGAGGAGGGCUGAUGACGGCGCAGAAACGGACGCCCAGAGUGACGGCGACCAGAUUCCAUUUAGCUUUUUUCUCCUGAAUCUUCAGGUAAAACUGUGAAAGCAGAACUCCCAGAGCGCUGACAUGCAGUGAUCACUGCAGGAACCUCCAGGGAACCUCUAGAGAACCUUUAGGAACCUUCAUCUGACUGCAGGAACCUCUAGAGAACCUUUAGGAACCUUGGUUCUGACUGCAGGAACCUCUAGAGAACCUUUAGGAACCUUCAUCUGACUGCAGGAACCUCUAGAGAACCUUUAGGAACCUUGGUUCUGACUGCAGGAACCUCUAGAGAACCUUUAGGAACCUUGGUUCUGACUGCAGGAACCUCUAGAGAACCUUUAGGAACCUUGGUUCUGACUGCAGGAACCUCUAGAGAACCUUUAGGGAACCGCCCCGGUGAGCCCAGUUUCUGACAGCAGGUCAGUCGUUUCCAGGAUUCGUCUUUUUCUGUAUUUAUGCAUAAAAACACAAGAAAAUGACACAAAAAAACUAAAAAGUUUUGUAAUAUUCAGACACCGUUCCGUUCUGUUGGUUCUACCAUUUAGCAGGGCGAGAAAAAAGAACCAACGGGAGGAUUUUCAGAUUAUCUGUAGAAACUAAGUCCCACCUGAAGUCUAACGAUAUGAAAAUAGCCUUUAUUCAUGUUUAAUCAGUAAUUCUGUUUGUUUCUAAAAACAGAUCAGAUUUAUGAACGCAGGUCAGAGAGAAAACAGAAAAGCUCCGAUCUGUGAGAACGUUUAGAGAACUGUAAGAACUGAGAGGAGCUGAUGUUUCUCUGCAGGAUUUAGGUUCUCACCUGUUGGUCCACAAGCAGAAAAGAUUUUAAAAAACAGAAAAGAAACGGGUCGAUUCCUGCAGCAGAAGAGCGUCUCACAGCCUCGAUUCCACCUCACAGCACGUCGUUCCUGCUGAUGGUUCUCCAGGUUCCUGCUGAUGGUUCUCCAGGUUCCUGCUGAUGGUUCUCCAGGUUCCUGCUGGUGGUUCUCCAGGUUCCUGCUGGUGGUUCUCCAGGUUCCUGCUGAUGGUUCUCCAGGUUCCUGCUGGUGGUUCUCCAGGUUCCUGCUGGUGGUUCUCCAGGUUCCUGCUGGUGGUUCUCCAGGUUCCUGCUGGUGGUUCUCCAGGUUCCUGCUCUCUGAGGAUCUUCAAACCACUAACUUAAGCCCAGAUCUUCUGGAUUCCAGCCAGGAAGCCUUUUAUCGACAGGUCAUUUUGUCUUUUUUCUGUUUGCCAAAAAACACAUUUCCUUGAGAGUCCUUUUCGUCAGUAUCUGGACAGAAGAACCAAAGGAGUAGGGAACGUUAGCGACCAAACAGAAGGAGACGCUCCCACACAGGAAGUCAGCCGACAUGGAUGGAACCAGCUGAAAGUUUGACGAAAACAGAAACUUUGGAGUUUACAGGAAGAUAAAUAACGACAGUUAAAAAGCUAAAAAUGUAAAUUAAACACAUGUUUUAAAAGCUAAAUGUAGAAUAAAAUAGUUUAAACCACAUAAAAUAAACCACAUGAUGUGUUUAAGGACCAUCAGGAAAGUGAAGAUCAUCCAUGAUUCUGUUUUUACACUUUCUAACCUUUUAGUGACAAAAAUCUGUUUAAAUGAAGGAAAAAAACAAAUAUUAUGUUAAACGUGUGUUUGUGGAGCAAAGUUCAACCAAUAAAAAUACCAGAAUAGAUUUUAUUCACAUAAAAUAAACGACUUUAAGCUUGGAUUUGAUUCAUUUUUCUGAGUUCAAGGACCGUCAGAAAGGUGAAAAUCAAAGAGGAUUCUGACUUUUUUGUUUGCAAUGAUGAGCAUCACAAAUUAAAACCAGGAAAUAAUGAAAACAAACCGUUUAUUGGUUCCAAACUGAGCAUUUUCAGCCUUUCAAGAACCUUUUUGCGUCACAAAAAAGAAUAAAGACACAGAAAUGUAACACUAAUGAUGAUAAAUGUGAGUGAAACUGGAUGCUUUUAAAUGACACGUAGAAUAAAGUGAAUUUGAAUUUAAAAUAUGGAAUUUAAGCUCAGAUUUGGCCUCACAUGAUGCAUUCAAGGGCCGUCGGAAAGGGGAAAUCUAUCAUAACUCCUUAAUUUUUACAGUUUCUGGCUCAUAAUUUUGUUUUCCAACCCAUGAGUGAGUUCUUUAGGGUUCAUUUUGGAGCUUCUGCUGCACAGAAAACACGUUUGGUUUUAAUCUUUUUCUGCAUUUUGUCUUCAGUGAGGAAGAACAGAGAACAUGGACUUUAAUCCUGAACAACUUCUUCAUUUUACAAUCAAGACAAUUAAAGAAAAUGUCUUUACGUCUGAACGGUGGAAACACUGCCUGCAGUUCACCUGAAAACUGAAUUUUUAUCACCUGACCGUUAAACAGAGCAGGAAGCUGAGAAUAUUCAGUUUUUCACGGAAUCUGUUUAAUAUAAACGCUUCAUUUAAAAGAAGACGUGUAGAAAAAAGCCUUUUUUUCAUGACAUAAGAUUUUAACCCUCCUGCUGUCCUCAGUUACAGGCGCUAAAAAUAUUGUUUCCUUGACUGAAAAAAAUCCAAAAAUUCAGCAAAAAAAUUCCUCAAAUUUCUGAAAAUUUGCAAAACAUUCAGGAAGAAAAUUCCAAUAAUUCCUUAAGUUUUAUUUAAAAAAAUCCCCCAAAUUUGGCAAAAAAUUCUUGUAAAUAUUUUUUAAAAAUGAGUAAAAAUCUUUCAAAAAACCCCUAAAAAUAUCGAACGUGAUUCCAUAUUUAUCAGUAAAACUUCUGAUACAUUUUUAAGAACAUUCACACAAAAAUCAACUAAAAUCCAGAGAAAUUCACCGGAUUUUGUUUUAUUUUUUAUGAAUGUUCUGAAGAAACGUUCUUUUUUAACAUUUCUUUUUUUCUGCCAAGAAAUGUUCAAAGAUUUCCCAAAAAUGUUGAAAAUGUGGACAUCAGAAGUUUCACUGUGGAAAUAUAUUUUUUUCCACAUUUUAAACUUUAAAACGGGUCAGUGUGAGCUGCAGGACGACACCAGGGUUAAAGAUCGAUUUAGUUAAUUUUUCAGACUUCACACAAAAUAAAAGACGUGCAGAUGAGUUUUUUCACUCGUUAGAACAGAGAAACCAUGUGGCUGCUUCCUGGGAGGGAAGUGGAUCAUUCAGUGGAUCAUUCAGUGGAUCAUUCAGUGGAUCAUUCAGUGGAUCAUUCAGUGGAUCAUUCAGUGGAUCAUUCAGUGGAUCAGUCAGUGGAUCAGUCAGUGGAUCAGUCAGUGGAUCAGUCAGUGGAUCAUUCAGUGGAUCAUUCAGUGGAUCAUUCAGUGGAUCAUUCAGUGGAUCAGUCAGUGGAUCAGUCAGUGGAUCAUUCAGUGGAUCAUUCAGUGGAUCAUUCAGUGGAUCAGUCAGUGGAUCAUUCAGUGGAUCAUUCAGUGGAUCAUUCAGUGGAUCAUUCAGUGGAUCAUUCAGUGGAUCAGUCAGUGGAUCAGUCAGUGGAUCAUUCAGUGGAUCAUUCAGUGGAUCAUUCAGUGGAUCAGUCAGUGGAUCAUUCAGUGGAUCAGUCAGUGGAUCAUUCAGUGGAUCAUUCAGUGGAUCAGUCAGUGGAUCAGUCAGUGGAUCAUUCAGUGGAUCAUCAGUGGAUCAGUCAGUGGAUCAUUCAGUGGAUCAUUCAGUGGAUCGGGUCAGUGUGGGUGUUUCUGCUUUCACCUGAGCAGGUAAAUAAACGUGUUUUUCUCCAAACCUCCACCUGAAGCCUUCCAGGUGAGGAGGUCUGUACAUAUUUGUCAGAUAUGUUUUAUAAUUAGUGUUCUCGUGUCCUUUCUCCUCGUUAACGGAUGUGACGGCCGUACGAAUGUUCUCUUCUCUAAUCCUAUGCUUUAUAUCUAAACACAGAAACCAGGACAGUAAUUUAUCUGUUAUCUAAAGAAACAUGUAAUUUAUUUUCUGUUUUUUUCAGGAGUUGUAGAAUUAUUAUUUUUUCUUUGUUACCACCAGAGUUUAUGAAGACAUUUAGUUUGAUUAUUUUCAUGUAAAAGCAAAGACUUUUAUUAUCUGUGAGCUUCAUCUGAAAUAAACUGAAACCAGGAA